AUGGUGGAAGCAACGGUGGACGAGCUGUUUCAGAUAUUCCCACCUAGACCAGAUCUCGACAGCUGCAGGACUUGUUCUGUGGUGGGAAAUUCUGUUAACUUGAGAAAAUCAAAUUAUGGACCUCUGAUAGAUUCCCAGGAUGUCGUCAUAAGAAUGAAUUAUGCUCAAAUCAAAGGCUAUGAAUCAGAUGUCGGGACCAAAACAACUCAUCGUGUCAUGUAUCCAGAGAGUGCUACAGAUUUGGACAACUCUACUCACCUGGUUCUGUUUCCAUUCAAGAUCCAAGAUGUUGAGUGGCUCAUCCAAGCCUUUACGACAGGAUUUAAUGGAACAUCAUACACAAAAGUAAAAUCCAAAAUAAAAGCCAACAAAGAUUUGGUGAUGGUGGUCAAUCCAGCUUUUAUGAUGUAUGUUCAUGAAGUGUGGCUGGAAAAUAAGGGCAACUAUCCAUCCACUGGAUUCAUGGGUUUGGUUCUUGCACUUCACAUUUGUAAAGAGGUUCAUGUAUUUGGCUAUGGUGCAGACAGCGAUGGAAACUGGAGUCAUUACUGGGAAAAACUCUCAAACAAAAAUUUUAAAACUGGAUUUCAUGCUGGACAACAAGAAUUGGUGUUUUUGUGAAACAUAAUGAAAGCAUCAUCUGCAUAUAAACGACACUGAACAUCUCUACAAAUUUCUGGAAAAUCAUACAAGUAAAACCACAACUGAAGCAGUUGAAUUUUUUAAAGUAAUGGUUUUAAAUUUAUGUAGGAGAAUAUCGAGAUUCACUGUUUCAUAAGCAUUUUUUAUAUUGGAUUUCUGCUCCAGCUGUUGUAAUCUCAUGUUUUUUAAACAAUAUUUUCCACACUGAUAUCCCAGAUAAGUUGUAUUUACCUAAAAUGUUUUGAAAAAGUCGAAUGCCUUAAAUAAACAACGUGUAAGUUAAAUUCUCAAAGGAGUUUAAAUAGAUGUUUUUGUAAACUAUUUUGGGAUAUUAAAUGCUUUACACAAGAA